UUAACAGUGCUUAAAAUUGAAGAAAAAACUAAAUAAAAGCUAUACAUUUCAAAAACACCUUGCGAAAAUUGCUCAAAAUAUGAAAUUUUGAUACUCACUGAUAAGAAUGCCCACCAAACCGAUAAAGUUCAGGCAAACCGAUAUGCAACCCGCAAUACGUCAAAAGCCUUAUUGGAAACGUCUUGGUUUUAAGGGGCGUACACAUGAUCCAAUAUAUUUGACAAACCAGGUUUGUCAAAUUGACAUCGUUGAUAAAAUUUAUCAACAUAUAAUCAACAUAUAUUUGGUUGCAUGGAAAGUCAAAUAUAUUAGAUCAUGUAAACGCUCUGAUAAUCUAAGUUUUUUUUCCAAAUUUUCAACGUUUUGUUGAUCGAUGACACCAAUUCUGAAAAUAGAAAUUAUUUAUAUUUUCAGAAUUAUUUUCAGAGUUGUGUCUAUGGUGUCUCCGAUCAACAAAACGUUAAAAAUUUGAGAAAGACAUCAUCAGAGCGUCCACACAACCGAAUAUGUUUGAUUAAAUUCAAUUUGAUUUGACAAAUCGAGUUUGUCAAAUAUAUUGGAUCAUGUGUACGCCCCUUUAAUUUCAUAUUUCAUAUGUUUCAAUUAUUGUUCAUUGUGGUUCGUGCAGAACUUCCAUGAAUUAAUCUAUUAUUUUCUGGUGUACGUGUUGUAUAAUCUAUCAUCGAAGAGACAAUGUUUUCCAGCAAUUCAAAUCAAAGUAAAGAUUCAAUGAAUACGUCAUCCAAGGCAGUAAAAUUUGAAGAGACGUUAUUGACAGAACAGCAAAAAAGAGAUAUCAAAGAAGCUUUCAAUCUUUUUGAUUACGAAGGACAAGGUAAACUGAAAACUAAAGAAUUAAAAGUAGCCAUGAGAGCUCUAGGUUUUGAGCCUAAACGUGAAGAAGUGAGAAAAAUUCUACAGGAUAUGAACAGAGAAGGAAACGAAUUCCUCAGCUAUAAUGAUUUCGUUUCAAUCAUGUCUCAAAAGUAUUCCGAAAAAGACGUAAUGGAUGAAAUUCGUAAAGCUUUCCAAUUAUUCGAUGACGAUAAUACCGGAUUCAUCACUGUAAAGAAUUUGAAAAGAGUGGCUGAAAAGUUGGGCGAAAAAUUUAAAGAUGAGGAUUUGCAAGAAAUGAUAGAAGAAGCUGAUAAAGAUGGAGACGGUGCCAUUAGUUUGGAAGAAUUUGCUUUCGUAAUGCAGAAAACCAAUUUGUAUUAAGCAGAAAAGACGAAUGAUGCGAGAAUUUUUCAACUACAUAAUUUUCCUCUCAAGUACCUAUUAAAAUUGGACAUUUCUGUGUUCCAUACCUUUUUUUUAUCGUUCCAUAUGGUUCAUCUAGUCUAUGUAUAUUUUUAAAAAUUAUUUCGGUGUAUUUUUUUUUAAGUUUUGAACGUGUUUGUGAAUCGCAAUACACUUGUGAACUUUAAUAA